AUGGGGGUCGAAGCAGCCGAUAUGAAGUCCGACAUCGAGCGAAGUUGUCCGGAAAAGAACACCAAUUACAAACCGGACUGCUUGAACGACGCUAAGAGGUUCCUGAGGAUCAACAACUGCAGAUAUCGCCUCUGGAUGCACAAUUUCCAAAGCAAAGAGUUGGGAUAUCAAACGGACUUGACGGAGGAGAACCGACAGUCACUACUGAAAGCGAAAGACGAACUAUCAGCGUUCGAGAAAGAGACGGCAAAGAGGACGGGCGAAUUCAACUGGAAAGAAUUCAAGAGCAAGAAUGAAACCAUCUUCCGGUGGUUCGAAGCACUCUCCGAAUUAGGACCAGGUGAAAACUCACCUGAAAAUAUAGCCGAGUUAAAUAAAAUCAAAUCGAAUAUGGAACUCAGAUACAGCAAAACCAAAAUCUGUGCCUAUAGAUCCAAGAAGAAAUGUAACUUGGGACUUGAAACAGAUCUGGCUCCGUUACUUUUCACCUCUCACGACUGGGACGAACUUCUUCACCUUUGGAAAGCAUGGAGAGACGCCUCUGCUAGACCGAUGAGAGAAAUGUUUCUUAGCUACGCUCAGCUCAGCAAUGAAAUGGCCAAGCAGAACAGUCACAUGUUUUCUCAAAAUUGGGCUCAGAUAUUUGACAUUCUGAACCCUUUCCCCGAUUCACCAUCUCCGGAUAUUACUGCAGAGCUGCAGAGAAGGAAAAUGAAACCAAUCGACAUGUUUAAAAUUGCAGAAGAAUUCUUCACUUCAAUUGGAAUGAAGCCAAUGACGGAAGAUUUCUGGCAGAAGAGCGUCAUCGAGAAGCCAAAGGACAAAGAAAUGGUGUGCCACCCCUCGGCUUGGAACUUGUACGACGGAAAAGACUACAGGAUAAAGAUGUGUACUCAGAUAAACAUGAAGGAAUUUGUCACCGUUCAUCACGAGAUGGGGCACAUUGAAUACUAUCAAGAGUCCGCGCAUUUGCCAGUGAUUUUUCAAGAAGGAGCUAACCCUGGUUUCCACGAAGCUGUUGGGGACACGAUGGCUCUAUCAGUGGGUACUCCCACGCACUUGAAAAAAAUCAAACUUCUCGAGAAUUAUCCAAACAAUUCCAAUUCCGACAUCCUCUUCCUACUGAGAUUGGCACUCGAGAAAGUCGUGUACCUGCCGUCGUCCUACAUUUACGACUUGUGGAGAUGGAAAGUAUUCAGCGGAGAAAUUCCCCAAGAAGAGAUGAACAAGCACUGGUGGAAGAUGAGAAAUGAGUACGAGGGUCUCUGCCCACCAGUCAAAAGGACAGAGGAAGACCUGGAUCCUCUUGCCAAGUACCACGUGGCUACAGAUACGUCAUACAUGAGAUAUUUUUGGGGCUUUUUGCUACAGUUUCAGUUCCAUAAGGGUUUGUGCAAAGAAGCAGGACACGAAGGACCGCUGCACACGUGCGAUAUCUACCAAAAUAAGAAGGCGGGCAGCUUGUUCAGGAAAAUGUUGCGCCUGGGGAAAACAGUGCCCUGGGAGGAGGCCUUGUCCAUCGUAACGAACGGUGAGUUCAAACAGCUGAGCGCAACACCCCUGUUGGAGUACUUCGAACCACUUCACAACUGGCUCAAGGAACAGAACCGAAACGAGUACAUCGGAUGGAAGACCUCAGACCCCACGGUGUGUCCGAAGGGCACGGAUGAAGGUCCGGAGGGCAGAGGUACCAGUCCGGUAGGUGGAAGCUUGGAGUGUACAAGUCCGGAGAGAACAAGUCCAGAAGAUAGAAGCUUGAAGGGUAAAAGUUCGGAACGUAAAGGUAGAAGUCAAAGAAGAGAAGAUACGGAAGAUGAACCCAUCUAUAUCAAAGUCCAUAUCAGGGAAUAA